AUGGAGCCAAGUGGUGCUUCCAAUGCUGCGCCGUCUGCGAGUGACCUCGUCCUGCAGCAGAGGACUCAGGCGGUCCAGCAGGCACAGCAGUCGGCGCAAAACGGUGACGGCAGCCUCAUCUCACAGUUGACCAGCAAUCCCUUCUUUACGGCAGGAUUCGGCCUGGCAGGUCUAGGCGCCGGCUUGACAUUUGCACAAAAAGGGAUCCGUCAUGGUGCGGCUCUGCUGCGUCGCCGCAUGCUGGUGGACGUCGAGAUCAGCAUCAAGGACGAUUCCUACCCAUGGUUCCUCCAUUGGAUGACCCUCUACCAACAGUCACAGCUCACCGCAACCCGAGCCGCGGCGGAAAACUCCGGUUUUAUCGACCGUAUCUUCCAAAAAAUGACACCGGGCAUGCGCCACCUCUCCAUCCAAACCCAGAAGGUCGAACACUCGAACGGAGCGAUCCACACACAUUUCUCUCUGGUGCCGGGCCCCGGAAAACAUGUUCUCCGCUACAAAAACGCGUUCAUUUUCGUCAACCGCAUGCGCGAAUCCAAGUCUCGCGAUAUCCAAACCGGCAAGCCCUGGGAAACCAUCACCCUGACCACCCUCUACUCUCACCGUCACAUCUUCGAAGACCUCUUUACCGAGGCGCACGCGUAUGCCGAGAAAUCACACGAAGGAAAAACCACAAUCUACAAUAGUUGGGGCACCGAAUGGCGACCAUUUGGACACCCGCGGCGAAAGCGCCCAAUCGAGUCCGUCGUUCUCGACGAAGGGGUCAAGGAACGUAUUGUGGAGGAUGUCCAGGACUUUAUCGAAAGUGCAUCGUGGUAUCACAACCGCGGUAUUCCGUACCGACGCGGAUAUUUGCUGUAUGGUCCGCCUGGUACCGGAAAGAGCUCCUUCAUCCAAGCAUUGGCGGGCGAGCUGGACUACGAUAUUGCAAUUUUGAAUUUGAGUGAACGCGGUCUUACCGACGAUCGGUUGAACCAUCUCCUGACGAUCGUUCCAAACCGAACCCUUGUCCUCCUCGAGGAUGUGGAUGCAGCGUUCUCCAACCGGACGCAGACUGAUGCAGACGGGUACCGCGGAGCGAAUGUGACUUUCUCCGGUUUGCUGAACGCCCUUGAUGGUGUGGCUAGCGCCGAAGAGCGUAUAAUUUUCCUCACUACCAACCACGUCGAGCGACUCGACUCGGCCUUGGUGCGACCCGGUCGUGUGGACAUGACCGUUCGUCUCGGCGAAGUAACGCGCUACCAAGUUAGCCGUCUCUGGGACCGGUUCUAUGAAGAGAUCGACGCGGAUGGAGCUCAUCGCAAAAUCUUCCUCGACAAGCUUCAUCAUCUCGGCUUGAUCGAGGACGAGAGUGGCUACAAGGCUGACCGCUCGAGAAGCACUAGUGCAGCGGCCCUGCAGGGCCUGUUCUUGUACAACAAGGGCAAUAUGGAAGGGGCUAUUGAAAUGGCCGAGGGCUUGACCUAUUCCGUUCACGAUGAAGCCAUGGACCGCAGCCAGAGCUGA